AUGGACGGCGUUGGCGGUGUGUAUGGGCAGGUGGGCGGGCAGUGCCUGAAGCGGGUCCUGGAGGAGAGGCUGGGCGGCCCCUACCACUGGGGGCCUGUUUUCCAUCUGUACAAUGGGUACGCACUUGCUCCGGAGAACCUCUCUCCGGAGCACCUCCUGGAGCUGGACCAGGGUGGCAGUGCCGGUCACACACCAUCACAUCAGAAGCCACCAGUCUCCUUUCUGACUCGCAUCAUCAGUUGGUUUGUCCGGACCUUCAAGUACAUAUUCGGCCUUCGCUUUGAGAUAAAGGGCCGCCAGAAGCUGGAGGUGGACCACCCGUGUGUCAUCAUUUCUAACCACCAGAGCAUCCUGGACAUGAUGGGCCUCAUGGAGGCCCUACCCCAGCGCUGCGUGCAGAUCGCCAAGCGGGAGCUGCUCUUCACGGGGCCCGUGGGCCUGAUCAUGUACCUCGGGGGCGUCUUCUUCAUCAACCGGCAGCGCUCCAGGACCGCGGUGACCGUAAUGGCCGAAGUGGGCCAGCGCAUGCUCAGGGAGAACCUCAAGGUGUGGAUAUACCCUGAAGGCACGAGGAACGACAACGGGGACCUGCUGCCUUUCAAGAAGGGCGCCUUCUACCUGGCCAUUGAGGCCCAGGUGCCGGUCAUCCCCGUGGUUUACUCCAGCUUCUCCUCCUUCUACGACCACAGGACAAAGCUCUUCACCUCAGGGACGAUCAAGGUGGAGGUGCUGGACGCCAUCCCCACCAGCGGCCUCACUGUGGCUGAUGUCCCCAAGCUUAUGGAUACCUGCCACCAGGCCAUGAGGACCACCUUCCUCCGCAUCUCCAAGAGGCCCCAGGAGAACGGGGCCACUGCGAGGCCUGCUUCCCAGCCCGCCCAAUAGCGGAGAUGGGCAGGAUGGGGCGUGCCAGGGGGCAGGGCCUGACUGGAGAACGGACUUGAGGGACCUCCUCCCCUGCCCCAGCAGCUAAAUGUCACUGUGUCCUGCUCCUGCCUGGUUCUCCUAGCUUUCAUUCGGGCCCCACAUGCAGGGCACUGCUUCCUGUCACCGGCCUGAGACCCAGGCCUCCGAUUUCCCCCAGGAGAGCAGGCUGGAACCUCCUCACGGAGCCCACGCGGAGCCUCCCAGAUCUGGGAGCAGGUCUGGGCCCAGACGGGCUGACAGCCUUGGAGCGGACGGCCAGAGCUGAGGGCCCCUUCACCCUCCUGCCUGGGCCAAUGGGGUGCAGGGCGGGCCGUGGCCUGUAUCGGGCCCUCCGGGACACCCCGUCCUGUGCAGCCAGGGCCUCCAGGGGAGCCAGGAAGUAGGGGUCCUUGCUCUGCUGACCUCAGGGAGCAAGAUCUCCGACUGGGCACUGCAUUCCGUUGUUUUUUAUAAAAGGACUCUGGGAAGGGC